AGCAAGAUGGCCGACACGGCGGCCACUGCCGGGGCCGGUGGCUCCGGAACGAGAUCAGGAAGUAAACAAUCCACUAACCCUGCUGAUAACUACCAUCUGGCCCGGAGGCGAACCCUUCAAGUGGUCGUGAGCUCCUUGUUGACAGAGGCAGGGUUCGAGAGUGCUGAAAAAGCAUCCGUGGAAACAUUGACAGAGAUGCUGCAGAGCUACAUUUCAGAAAUUGGGAGGAGUGCCAAGUCCUACUGUGAGCACACAGCCAGGACACAGCCCACACUGUCAGAUAUUGUGGUCACACUUGUCGAGAUGGGUUUCAAUGUGGACACUCUCCCUGCUUAUGCAAAGCGGUCUCAGAGGAUGGUCAUCACUGCCCCUCCAGUGACCAACCAGCCGGUGACCCCCAAGGCCCUCACUGCUGGCCAGAACCGACCCCACCCGCCACACAUCCCCAGCCACUUCCCUGAGUUCCCUGACCCCCACACUUAUAUCAAAACUCCGACGUACCGCGAGCCUGUGUCAGACUACCAGGUCCUGCGAGAGAAGGCUGCAUCCCAGAGACGAGAUGUGGAGCGUGCGCUCACCCGCUUUAUGGCAAAAACAGGCGAGACCCAGAGUCUUUUCAAAGACGACGUCAGCACGUUUCCAUUGAUCGCUGCCAGGCCUUUCACCAUCCCCUACCUGACAGCACUUCUCCCGUCGGAACUGGAGAUGCAACAGAUGGAAGAGACGGAUUCCUCGGAGCAGGAUGAGCAGACAGACACAGAGAACCUUCCUCUUCAUAUCAGCACGAUAAAAGAAAUAACAGGAUGUCAGUAUGCUGAUGGGAAUGAUCUGGUAGAGAGGAAAAGAGGAUGCAGGAGAGAAAGAAACAUUUUGGAUUGAUGGUCUUUGGUAGGUGAGAGGUAAGGGAUCUAGGGGACAGGGCAUGGUGGAGGGGUUGGCCUUGUUAUGGGCAUUUCAUUCCCAGGGGAGGAGAUAGAGUGCAUGGGCACAGGGAUAGAGGUGGGUGAGAUGUGCCCGUCAUAACUCGUGGAUGUUCUCAUCUGGUUAUCAAUGGGUUGUACUCAGCACAUACAAGUAUAAGACCCCACUCUUGUUCCUGCAUCAUUGUGAGAAAGUGCCAAGUACAGCCACAGAACUGUGAGACACUCAGACGCCUUUAAGGCCUGCAGGGCCCUAUGGUCCACUUACCAUAUUCAUCCAUCCUUUAAGACCACCCCUGGCUUUGAAGCAAAGGAUGCCUUGGUGGUUGUAGUUGAACCAAGCAUUCUGCGUGUUCUCCAAGGUCCAUGCAGCAGGUGGCAGCCAGCAGCCCCAGUAUGGGGGUGGAAAGUUGCCUCUGCUGUCUUUUAUUAUUUGCCGACAGCCUCCUUGCUUGAACACAGGUUUCUUUAAUGUUGGAUUAUUCCUUUCAGAAUUAGGGCUGGAAGCCCAUGGCUUUACCUAAAGCAGAGGAACUUGUUAUUCUACACUUCCGUGUUGGACUCAGUUAAUUUGGUCUGAGAUAUGGUGAUUGGGUCAUGGACUAAGAUGAGGUUCACCUUAUGAAAAGGAGGACUCUUCUAAGCAAAACUACCAUCCCUUUGUAAGUACCAAGUAGCUAAAUGGCCUGCAGAUGUGUUACCUGACACCCCAGGUGAUGACCCAGGCGAGGUCUUGGCCGUGAAUGGACCCAGGUGAGGUCGUGGCCGUGAAUGAACCCAGGCUGCAGGACCUUGGAGCUGCCAGUGGGGCUCCAGGGCACUGAGAGGCCAAGCCAGACAGCAAAGAGUAGGAAUACUGACCCUCAGAGUCACGCUGGCCUGGCUCUGCUUUCCAGAUAACGUGACCGGGCUUGCAGACCCUAACAUCUGAAUCUGUGUCCUCAUGAAUACAAGCAAGAAUAGGAACAGCUAACCCAGCAACGGACAUCAGGUGCCUGGCAGCUCCUGGCACCCAUUGUAUGCUCCCCUCCCCCAGCCUCCCACCGUUUUAGGCUGUAUGACCACCUGCUCUUCUAUUAAAAGUAAAUAAAUAAAUAUAAAAAGACCUCAAGCAAAGGAUUCUAGCAACACUUGAUAUACAAUUGAUUGGAUUUAUUUGUAUUAUUCUGUUUGAAUGACAAAUAGAAUCCUGUUUCAGAAUUUACCGUGUAGAAAGAAAUGUAUGGCCAAAAGUCUUUAUCCCUUCCUUGUUCCCUGCCAUCCACUUUCCCUCCUACAAAGCCACCAGGAUCACCAGUCUCAUGUAUCCUUCUAAAGAUGCAAUUUCCUCAUUUUUAACACAAAUAACAAAUCACAAACCACUCUCCCUUUGUUUUCCUUUAUUGAUAUAUCUUGGUGAGCAUUCCGUAUGUAGAGGUCAGAAGCUUUUUUAGCCCUCCUUAUGGUUUCAUCGUGUUCCACUGUAUGGAUAUAACUGUGGAAUGUAACUAUAAUACAUAAACCACAAUAUAGACAUUUGUCUUUUCUAUCUAUGGUUUACAGAUGUCAUUACAGUGAAUUAAACAGCAGGUACUUUAAAUUAUUCUUCCACUUAGCAGUGGCAGCAUGUCUUUCAAGGACUGUUGCUAGGUGGUUACUUUGUUUAACCUGGUUCCUGUUUCUCCAUCUACUUGAACAUAUAAAGGGGCUAUUCAUUUUGAAUUAGCGUAUAAGAGCAUUUUUUCCCCUUGUGUAUUUGCACUAGCUGCCUCCUGCAGACAAUAGCAGUCUAAACUUUUGUUCUUUUAUGAACAAAGGACCAUUCAUUUACUCAGCCAGUAUUGAUUCAGUCCCUGUAUGUGCCAGAUACUGUUCUGGGUGCUUGGGAUACCUCGGUGAACAGAGCAAACGAAACAUCUGCCUUUUGGAAGCCUGUGUGUCGGCAGUAGGGGAACACCAAUAAACGUGAUAUGUAAAUAAAUCAUUCACAGUACAUUAAAGAUGCAGAUGCUAUUGUCGGGGCAAGGGGACCGGGCAGGACAAGAUCCAGGGUAAAAGAUGGAAGUUUCGGUUUUAAAUAGGGUGGUCAGGGUAGAUAUAACGGAGAAGGAGACAUUUGACAAGAGACUUGAAGAAAGUGAGCAAGUGGGCCAUGUGGCUAUGUGGGGAAGAGCGUUCUGGAAAGGGACAGCCAGUGCAGAGGCCCUGAGGAACAACACAGAGGUGAGUCGGGCUAUGGUGGAGGGCAGCAGGGGAAGAGAGGCAGAGGGCGGGUUAGAUCGGACCCUGCAGGCAGCUUUUGGAAACUGGCUUGUAACGGGGUGAGAUGGGUGUCAGGGGAGGGUGUGGAACAGCAGAGGGACCCGGACUAGGGGGGAGGCCUGCUGGCUGCUGCGGUAGUCUUAACAAGAGAUCCGGUGGGUCCAGCAGGGUGCCUGCACUCGAGAGAGUGGAGGUGCUCAGAUCCUACCUAUUCUUUGAAAGUCAGGCCGAGAAGUUAUCCUAACAGUUUGGAUGUAGGAGGUCUGAGAAAGAAAAGCGAGGAGGACGCUUUGUCUUAAACAGCUGGAAGGUUAGAGAUGGUGCUCAGGGGCUGGGCUGGAGUUCAAUUUCUGGCACGGAGCUUUGAAGCGCCUCCUGGAUGCCAGGUGGAGAUGUGGAGUGAGCAGGUGGCGGUACAGGUGGCAGUGCGAGCCUGGGGGUCAGGAGAGAGGUGAGGGCGGAGGGGUGCACGCGGUCAGUGUAGAGAAACAGUGUUUGACACUGUGAGGCGCUGCAGUCACCCCAGGGUACGUGGGGCUCACCAGAGCUCACCCCGGGAGCUACCGACAGACUUUUAGAAGCAAAUCUCAGUUAGUUUGGUACUUUACUUUUAUCCACUCCUAUCCCUAUCUCAAGGCUGCCUGUCCCUGAAAGAGGCAAGCAAGUGACAUUUCCAGCUCUACUUGGGAGAAGAGAAGCUGUUGUCCCAUGACUUGGGACCCACAUCCUGGCCUUGUGAGACAAGUGAGCCGAGUGGAGGGAGCCUAGUGCCCUCCAGCAGAGGUUCCAGGGCUGGCCUUUCUGUGACCCUGGUUGGCCCUUCCAUCCUUAUUAUCUCAGGAAACACUUCAGGCAUGGUUGAAAUGAACUUUCAGCAACUGCAAGACAGGGAACUUCCAGUAGAGAAAGGACAAUAGGGGAGCAGGGAGUGAGUUACUAAAUAAGCCAUUAAGAACUUCAGAAAGAUUGGGAGCCAGAUAUCCCAGGCAGGUCCGAUCAUGGUCAGACCCGUGCCUGGCAUGAGCGAGGUUGACCUUGGGGCACUUGUUUUCAAGAGAGCCUCUAGAAAGUCCACAACAACCCUAGAUUACGUUGUGAUCCCACUGAAUCAGGUUUUGGGGAGGCAAAGCACAGGGACCCUGGAUGGAGCUGGGUUUGGAGGGAUAACAGAAUUGGUGGGGCGGGGAUGGGCAUGCAGCAGAAUCUGAAGGGUUUCUUGAAGCUCACUAAGCCUGAGACUGGAGUCCCUGUCCUAGGCCUGCCGUCCCUGUGGGAGAACCUGUCAUUCAUGUCAUCCAAUCACAGUAUCCUCUACCCUGCUGUCUUUUGACCACAGAAUCUCCUGGUUGAGGUCAGGUCCUCUUUUGCCUCAGUUACGGAAUAGGAAUCUCAGUGACCAGUCACCAGGGGGCACAGCCCAGACAGCUUCUUCUGGUCACUUCUAGUCCCUCAAGCCUGGCCUGAGCUUCUGGGUCAGGUCCUUGAUGUGAUUUUUCUCCACCUUACCCUGCAGCUUCUGCUCAUUUUAAAGAACUUGGAAAAUGGAAGAGAGUAUAGUAAGGAAAGGAGAAUCAAUCACGCAUAUUCCCAGAAUCUGUUUUUAAUAUUUCAACCUAUUUUUACUAUGUGUACACACUUUAUAGUUAAAAAAUGUUUUAAUCGAGAUCAUGUUGAAUAUAUGUAAACCUAUAAACUUUUCUUCCAAAUCACUUUCCUCAAAAAGCAAACAGUGGAAGAGCUGACCCACAGGUCACAGAUGGCGAUUAUCGUUGGCAUUCCUGUGUUGGCACCUUUGUGCUGUCUUUGCCCUGGUGGGAACCCUCAGGGCUCAAGAAAUGUCUGGCGUCUGCUGCAAUAUGAUCGUUGGUACCUGUUGCAGGUACCAGAUAUUUGAGAAUCUGGGGGAGAUCAAUUAUGAUUUGCAUUCAGUUUGGUCCAGGAGAUGCCCUGUGCACAUGAUUUGUUCUGGCCCUGUGUCCUGCAAAACAUCAUGGGUCACUUCUCUUUUUCUUUAUCUUCCUAUAGGCUGGGUUUCCUCCUUGAGCAUCUAAAUGUUCAUCCCUGACUCCCUGCCCCUGCCAGGGUUCUAUUCUAACUCAUGCCCUUGCCUUUUCAAGAGUUUCACAGUUUGGUGAUCUCUGUUCCCCCGUGUCCAAGCUGUUGGUCUCAUCUUUCUCUGAUAGCUGGCCCCUGCUCAUUUCUUUGGACAGAGAUAGAUACAUUAGAAAGAAAGUGGUCUCUAGGCUUCUAAUUUCUUGACGAAAGGGGUGCUAAUAUUAGUUCUUAUUAUGGGCAUGAUCUCUUUCCUUAUGCCAUUGGUAUUUUGCUUUAUUUCGGGUUUUGCUCAAAGGAUGAUUCUGGAGCCGAGAAGGAGAACACCUCUGUCCUGCAGCAGAACCCCUCCUUAUCAGGAAGCCGGAACGGGGAAGAGACCGUCAUUGAUAACCCCUAUCUGCGACCUGUGAAGAAACCCAAG